AUGGCCGAGCCGAGCGCAACGACGCUGCUCCUCGCCGCCCAUCGCGGGGUCCCUGGCCUCGUAGCCUACAUCGAUGACCAUGCAGGCUACGCCCAUGCAGUGCUUGCGCUCGUGCUUGAGGCGAGCUUACAAGCGCAAAUCCCACUGCGCCGGAAGCGGGAUAUGUGGAGCGCGCUUUUGUUGCAGCAGCCCACGCUUUGCUUCAUCGAACCAGCGACGCGCACAUCAACACUAGCGGCGCUACGAUCUCUGGGCGCGGACGCCUAUGUGAUUUCAUUGGCGCACAUGGCGCUCUGUCCUGAAGACGUGCCGCCAGACGACAGCGUGCCACUGGCGCCCGAGGUUGAGGUCGACGGGCUUGUUGUCGCGCCUCUCUUUCAGAGCAAGGCUGUCCAUGCCACCGACGACACACUCAAAGUAGACAUUGAUGAUGAAGAGGAGAAUGACCGGGCAGCGUCCAAGCGGCCCCGUCUCGAGGCCAAUCGACCUGAAUGCAUCGAGAUCGAUCUCGACGACGACGAGGUGAAUCCGCUCGACCUGCUCGGUGUCAAAAUGCUGGCGCAAGAACACGCGUCUGUCGACGUCCCGGUGCAGCAAGCGACAGAGAGUGCUCUCGACGCACUGCCAGCUACCAUCGAGCUCGCGCCAGAGCAUCAAGCCAAGGUCGCGCUACUUCUCAAGGCGAUUGGGCGCUUGACGGGGCACGUCGCCGACGAAGUCGCUUCCGUAUGCGACGACAUUUUGUGUCUCUGCCUCGACAUCACAUUGGGCCCCGAGCCCAUCAUCGCCAAGCUCGAGGUUCUCAGCGACAAGCUGCAGCUCAACACGCUGCCAGACGAAGCCCUCGUCGUAUUUUGCUCGAAGCUUCUCGAUGCGCAGUGGAGCUUGCGUGCGUCCAUGCACCUCGUGUCCAUCAGUCUCUUUCGCAACGUGAUGGCGUCACCAAAUGCAAUCUCGCGUGGCCUUGUCCAAGUGCUCUCGCGCCUCGCCACCGACCACGCGAGCGUCGUCAUCGAGCAGCUUCUCGUGCCCAUCAUGACGUCAGUCGACUUGUCGGAAAAGGCGCCCCAGUGCGAAGUCGUGACGCGGCUGCUCCGCGAUGGGCUCCAUGCAUCUCACAUUGAUGCGCUCGUACAGCAAGUCGUCGCCGACCGACAAGCAUCCCCGUUCAUGACGUCCGAACGCAUGCUGCUCGUGCUGCAGACGCUCUUCAAUCUCAAAGCAUUGCUUUCGCAGGCGACGAUCGACAGCGUUGUCGAUGCCAUGCUCGCCGCUGUUUCGCGCCACGCAAAGUCGGUCAAGUUUGCCACUGUCCUCUUCACCGUCGUCUCCAAAUACCCAACACUGUGCGCCCCGCACCGUGAGACACUCUUUGAAAUCGGGUCGGGCUGUCACUCGUCCAUGGCCAAAACCGCACUGCGCGCGAUUGAAAAGCUCCCUUGA